AUGGGCAGCCUCUACAAUGACAAGGUGAUCUUAUCAAUUUUUGUUUAAAAAUCAUAAAUAGGCCUAAUUUUCGUCCAGUAAUUUUUUCGGUUAAGCUUAGAGCUCAGAACAGUUGUUUAUUAAAUUUUUUUUUCAAGAGCUGGAUCUCAUAGCUCAAGUAGCCCAGUAAGAAACUUUUUUUAUUAGUUCGACUUUUUAAUGUCUUUGAUCCAUGAGGAUACGGUAAUGACGCCUCUACCUCUUCAUCUGACACACUUUUUCAUUUAAUUUAUGUUUCAUUCCUAUUCUCUCUCUCAAAAAGCGAAGGUCUUUAAAAAUCUCGAUUGUUUCGCGAGAAGAUAGCUACAGAUAAAUUUCCGUUGUCAGAUUUAAAAUUAAGUUUCAAGAUUUUUUUUUUCUAGCACAUUAGUUUUUUUUUUUUACUUUGUAGGUUCAGUUAGGCAGAGCUUUUAUCGUUUUUCGCUCUUCAUAUUGUGGCAUCUUAAGGGAAGUUAGUCGGAGGUACUCCUAGAUGUGGUUGAACUCUAGUCUCUCUUGAUUUUUUUUUUAAAUCUCUAAACGAGAUUUAAUUUAUUUUCUCGUUACACAUUUUGUUGAAACUGAACUAUAUACAAGGAAAAGACGAAUCUGUGAUGGUGAUGAUGUCGAAAAUGCCUGAAGGGAGACGACUAUUCAUUGAACGGAGCCAAUCAAGAAUGCGGCAAUUUUCAUCGACGGCCCGCAAUUUCGGCCACUGUUUUCACGAACAAAUCUCAUCUUUUUGUUUUUUUUUUUCCUUCCGCGUGACUUAUUUUUAGUUUUUACAAGCUUUCGAAAAACCGCGACGCCUCACGCAACGCGGCUGAUGAUACUGAAAAGCAGACAAGAUGUUAAAGACCAGCUCGUUGAAUAAUUGAUAUAAUUAGUCUGAUCACUGAGCUUUGACAUCAUUAUGAGCCAGAGAAAUCUCAGGAUCAAACCGCGACGCCUCACGAAACGCGUCCGACGGUAAUAGAGUUUUCAGAAGAAUUGAGGUAAUUAUUUACCUUUCUAUAUCAUUUUAGUUACAAUAUUUUUCGAAACAGCUGUUAAGGUAUUUUAUCUCAGAAAUCAUGACGACUGAAUUUUUUUCAACAAAAAAAAAUACUUCAAGGCUUUAAAAUUUCAGCAAAAAUCAAACUAAUUUCCUUCUCUUCCAUCCAGUUUCAACAUGAUUUCAAGUUUUAAAAAUAGCAGGCUUGUAUCUCGACGUGGCUCUCAUUUCUGUGAGUCCUAGGAAGGAUUUUUUUAUAGAUUUUCAAAAAAAUUUAGUGGUUUCCUGGUAAUUUUUAGGUCGAUUCCAUUGAAGUUGCGGAAGAUCAAGUUUUUGAAUUGUUUUAAGAUGAUUGGCUUUUAUGAAACGAUUUCAGAAGCUGUUCCAGUAAAACUAAGAAAGUUAUAAACUGGGACUUUUCACUGAAUGCGGCUUUUCUUGUAGCGUAAAAACACUGUAAGAUAUUUAAAAGCUCCCGCUGGGAAAUUUUGAAAUUUGUUGAACCAAAGCGUUUAUAGUGAGUUUGUUACGCAAAGUCGCUUUUUUCAACUAAAAUUAUAAACAGAGCAAAAAAAUAAUUAACUUAAACUUUGUAAUUUUUUUAAAGACAUUAUUUUCCUAAGCUUGAACUUUCAAGUUAAUCAAUUAGUGUCCGAAAAGAUUGCAAUGAAAAUAUCUACAGAGUUUGAUAGCUAAUCAUAAUAAAGAAGAGAAGAUCGAGCCGUGUUUGAGAUUUCUAGUUUCCAGGAAGCUCAAACUCAUCUCUUUUCUAAGCCGGCUCCUUGCCAAUCUUUAUCAUCAAAUCUUACAAGCGUUUUCACGUGUUUCACGCGGCUUUAUCAAUUUUCACGGCAGGUUCAAAGACCGCCGUGUCGGUAGCUUUUAACAUGUUUACUAUUUUCCUCCCUGACCUUAUCAUCUCACCUGUAAUACAUAAUAAUCACGACCACUUAAAGAAAAUACGUCACCUUGUACCUUGCAAAAGCAAAGAAACGAAAAAAGCAAGAAGGAAGAAGAAGACGAAGAAGAAAAAAACGUUUUGGCCCACAAAUGUUAUUGAAAAGAUCUUUUUGCUCCCUCGCUACGACGUUUUUUUUUCCUCCUCCCGUGUAGUAAAUCAAAUUUCGUUAUUUUAUUUGGCCGGUUUUUUUUCUUCCUCCACUCCUCGCCGGUCAGGAGUUAUCGAUGUUGGAGUGUUCAUUUCGGCUGGGAUAAUCCGGAAAAGGCUUAGCUUUGCACGUCGGCCGCCCUUAUCCCAACACUCAUUCCCGGUCGUGUCCUCCUCACUUCCUUGUUUUUAUUCGGAAUAUUGCAAAAAAUGGCUCGAAGAAACAAGAAAUGGCCUCAAGACCUGGACUAGGGUCAGAUCUUUGCGAAAAUUAGGGACCGAAACUCAAACAAAAAAGUCAGGUCAAGAAAAAUUUGGGAAAUUUUUUUUUCAAAAUCUGUAGAAAUGUUCCCCUCUGCACUAAUAUUGCAGCCCCUAACUUCUAAGCAAAAUUGAAAAGUUCUCAAUUUAUGGGUAUUGAAGAAAACAAAUAAAUGCUGGAAUCUAUCUUUUUCCAAUUCAGACUUUUUCUGAUCUUCAUUCAAAAACCUCCCCCCCCUUUUCGAUAGACCUUUUCGUUUCAUUUCGGCUUGGGUUUUUUGUAGCCCUUAUUUCUAGUUUGAACUUAUUUAAAUUUCAUGUAGCAAAUACGGAAGCAAACAGGAAAAAUGAUUUUUUGCAAGACGCCCUAAUCCCAUCAAGAGAAAUUCGUCUUUUUAUCAUUUUCUCAGGGCCUAUGGGUCGUCGUUUUAUUUAUUUAUUUACUUUGAUUUCCGACCUUUAUCACAAACUUUCACCGUUUUAUUGGCUCUAUCCUAGUUCUGACUCGUGAAUGAUCGACUUUUUAUCGACCGAUUCGAGGAAAAUUCAGCCGAAAUUUGAAUUCUUUUUUUUUCCAUUUUUCAAGUUCCUUGUUUUGGUUCAAAAUGUUUUCCAUUAAUUUUCCACUUUAAUAGGCUUUUUUCCCUUCUGUUACCCUCUAGGUGACUAAUCGUUUUAGAGAACCCUGAAUAAUUCAAAUCAAAAAGGAAGGGAAAUGAAUGCCUUUUUAAUCGUUUCAUGUGUUUUUUUUUUCUCUCUUUUGAAAGUUUUUCAAUUCAAGGUCAUGAAAAGACGAGAAAACUUUUUCCUGCUCACUUGUUAUCAGUGAUAAAUUUUUGCAAUUGAUAGCCACUGUGGCUGCAUUCUUUUGGAAAAUUCCCAACUUGGAAACUUUGAAAUUUUGUUUCAAACGUGGAAAGUCUGAAGAUUUUUUCUCGUUUUUCAGAAACUUGUCAAGAUUUUCUCAAAUUGAGCUGCUCCGUACAGUUGAAAAAAAGUCGUCCAGGGACUUUUUUUUUUAGAUUUUCAACUUCUACUCGCACAACUGGGUAUUCGAAGAUUUAUAUUAUCGACUUAUUCCGAACACCGUUCUCUCAAAAGUUCUGAAGAAACCAAGAAUCUAAUGAUCAGACUUUUCUCAAUUUUUUUUUUCAGAAGGAAGCUUUUUUCACAUGUGUAGGCAGGCCUAGUUUUGAGGCGGGAUAAGCCGAGAAUUUGACUCUUUUUUCUCCGAUUCUUGACGUUUUUGAAGAUCGUUUUAGUUGGUCAGCCCCUGGUCAAGCCUUAUAAGGAGCUUUGUUCGCGCUUUGGUUGUUCUUUUUCUGGCUUAGAGCUUCGAUUUGUUUCAUUUUUAAAUGCUUUUUGAGUGAUGCCAUGUAAAAUUUGUCUAUGGAUUAUUUAACUUUCAAAAAUGACCUGGCCUUGAGAAUGGUUCGUUUUUCGGCUUGAGACAGUCACUUUUGAGAGUCUUUUUCUAGAUUUAGUCUAUUUUAGCUAUGAAUAGAGUAAUUAGCGAAAUAGUGUGGAAAACCAAGAGAGAGAUUAGAUGUGGCAAAACGGUUGAAACUGAAGUUAAAAAGAAAGUUCUUGUGGAUAAAACGGCAUAGAAAUGCUCGAAAUUCCCUUUUUUCGCAUCAGCUUUAUCAUUUUCCCAAGUAUCGUUUGUAUUUUGUUUUGCAGGUAUCUUGAGAAUUCAAAAGGAACAAAUGCGUUUUUUUUCUUUUCGAUUAUUUUUCUAUGAGAGAAUCCAAGUUUUUUUCAUUCAUUUCCCUUGCUCUAAUUUCUCUUCCUUGUGAGGCUUCAGUGAGAAAGAAAUAUGGAUUUGAACACUUUUGAAACAUAUUUUGGCCCGUUUCCGUCUUUUUGCAAAGCUUCUGGUUGCAUUUAGAAUGGUUCGAUGCGUUGCUCGCAUGAUAAUUCAAAAGGUUGCUCCAUGAGUUGCCCGUGCGUAAAUCGCUUUGUAGUCGGGCGCAUCGGCCUAGUAACCCCUUCUCAGCCAUUCCCAGUGCGAUGAAGCUUUCUUAUUCUGUUGCGAAUCAAUUUUUUCUAAGAUCAAAGUACCAUCAUUAUUCAAUUUUUUUUUUUGAAUAAUUUCCAUUUUUUCAAACUCAGCAAGUUUGCUUCAAUUUUUUUGAUUGCAGAUGUUUCCUCCUUACGCGGCAUCCUCGUUGUACUUGGCGACGGUGCUGAUCGGGGUUUUCGGCAACGCCUGGGUCGUCUGUUCGGUGGCGCGAAGUCGGCGGCCAAAGUGAUUAUUUUGAACUAUUUUCAGAAAUAAAAUCAAUUUGUAAAGUUAUCUAAAGUAGAGUUUAGUCUUCCACUUUUUUUCAUAUUGAUAAAAUAGCGUUCGUGGUUUCUGCAGAGUUUUUGGAAAAAAAAAAGGAAAACAACAUUUUUCGAACUUUUUGUGAAAACAGGGCUGGAAAAGCGAAAGUUAUGAUUUGCCAAGACUUGAAACAUGAAAAAUUUUUUUGCGCUCUCUUUUCUCUUUCUGGAGAAAUCACAGAAACUUUGCACUUAAAAAUAAGAGAAGACCGAGAAAUCAAUUGUUUUCAAGUUGUGACAAAGAAGACUUUUUUUCUGAACUUUUUUUAAGACCUCAUAAAUCUUAAAACCAGGAAAUGCUUAGAAUCUGAACUUUUUUGCAACCUUUUGAAACGUGUUCUGUUUUCAUCAGCUAACAUGUCUGAGUUGUCACAAAAAAUUCAAGGAUUUGUUCAGAAACCUGAUCUCCAGAAGUUCGCCUUCCGAUAGGUUACGAGCCUACAUUUCUGUUCUGGCCGUCGUUGAUCUGACUGUCCUGAUGGCCCUGUUCGUCAGAUCGCUCUACCUUUCUUUGCCCCAUUUUAUGUUGGGUUCGUUUUGGAAUAUUUCGUUGAAGCGUGGUUUUGAGAGCCCACGGUAGAGUAUAGAGGUCAGGUAGGGCUCCUUAGGGUGCGUCUGACUUACGCACUAAACUAUAGGUCUCUAAACUAUAAUAUUUUCAGUUGGCUUGAAACUCUGCAAGCGAAAUAAUGUGUAUCUCUGUGUCGAGCUAGUUAUAAGUGUAAUAUACCUUUCUUUUUUGAAAGACAGAGAAAGCUCUCUCUUUCUUAGUUUUCUCUCACUCAUGGGAAAAUAAGCGUUCAGAUAUUUCCAAACUAAUCAACUGACCCCUGAAGAGAACACUGUCUUUUCUUAGAGAUAGGUUUUCUUCUCAUUACUUUAAGAUAUCUUUUCUAGCUUCAUAUCUUUUGUUUCAUUUUCGAAAAAGGUUUUCAGAGGGGAGAGAGGAUUAAGCUGAUACUUGAAGGCCUUUUUUGUAACAAAAAAAAAACGUUCAACACCGUGGGAAAUGUCAGCGACGGAUGAGAAUCCUAUAUUUGGAUCUUUUCUCAGUUCUCGUUCUUUGAAGGAGCUUAUUUAUGAGGUGUUCUAACAUGCGAAGAUUGCAAUUUCGACAAAAAUCUUUUUUUGUGAAAUAAUUUUUUUCUGAUUUUUUUGAAUGUAGAACUGACAUAGCUUACAACUGUGAUCCAAAAACUGGAAAGAAAGGAGAAAAAAAUUUUUGAGAAAAUUUUUCAUGAAACUUUAGUCAGAAAGACUAUUUUCCUGAUAAAUAAUUCUUUUCCGAAAAAGAAAGUUUGGAAUUUUGUUCUCGAUUGACUUCAAGCAUUUUAAUUAUGCAUUCAAAGUUUCAAUUCAACUAUUACAUCUAUUUCGAAGCUCAGUACUUGUUUGUGAGAAAGAAAACAUUUUGAUGAUUAGACCAAUAUUUAUUAAACUAAGUCUUCUUCAGACACGAACAGCUGCCGGGCGAUGUUCGUCCUGGAAAACUCGGUGAAAGUGACGUCACUGACAGUAUUAUCGUGUAUUUCGAUCGAGAGAUACAUCACGAUCAGAAAGCCGUUUUGUAGUCAGGUAUCUGUUACCUGAUUCGUUCUGAUUUGAUUCAUUUUUUAGGUCCGACGUCAGUUCGUCAACCUGACGCCUCUGGCCGCCAUGUUCUUUGUCUGCUGCGUCGUUUCUGCGAUUUUACUUCAGGUUUUCGAACUCUUUUUUUUUGGAUUCAAAAACAGUUAAAGCAUUAUUAGAGUGAAUCGUUUAAAGACUUAGGAUUUUUUCUAAGAUCUCAUAGAAGCUUUUUAGUUCUCUAAAAGUUCCAAUCGUCCUCAUUCUUGAUUUUUUUUUAAUGAGAUUUUUACUUCUACAUGAAACGUGUAAGGAAGAAAACCGAAAAUAAGAAACCUAGAUAAUUCCUCAAUAGCUCAAAGUGAGUUUUGAAUUUCCAGGUGACCUCGGUGAACGUCUCGACCGACGGCCUGAACUGCGUAAGGUCUUACCGAGGACGCGCGACUCCGCGUGUCGCCUCCUACCUGACUGCCGUCGCGUACCUCGUCGACCUGACCGCGAUAUCGCUCAACUAUUCUCAAAUCGUUCGACACGUCCGACGAAAGUUCUCGAAGCGGAAAGCUCGAGGUAAUACCUUGGUGGCCCCCUUUUUAUUUGAAACGAAUCGAGAAUGGUUACCUCAGCUUUUAAAACUAAAUUCAAUCAGUUUUGCAACUUCUAUCAUUUUAGAGCGUUUGGAAAAAAUUCUCGACUUCUCCAGGUUCAAAAACGUAUUUUCAAUGUCAUUUUUAGACUUGUGUGAAAAGAUGUGGUAGGGAAAAUGUGGAAGGCUAAGAGUUCGGUGAAAUGAGAUUUUUCGACAUUUUUCUGGCCUAAAGUACCAGCCAAGGUAGAUCUUAUUUAAAUUUAGGGAGGUUUGGGGGGGAGUUAUUGGCCCUUUAAAAAAAAAAAAAGAAAAAGCCUCCCUUGGAAUAUUUAGUCAUCAAGUUCUCAUUUUUUUCAGUCGUAGCACACUCGCGAGCCCGCGAAUCGCUGGUCAAUGAGCCGCGAUACAUGCGCGAAAUGACGUCAGCCAUCGUCAGAGUCGGCGUUUUCCACGUUGUCUGCUGGCUUCCGCUCAGUAUCCUCCAAUUUCUUCCCGAUAAUGCCAUUCAGUCCGAACUCACGGCUCACAUUCGCAUGUUUAACAAUUUCAGUGAUUUUAGGUAAUAAUUUUGUUACGUAAAGUCAAACUGUUCAUUGUUGUUACAGUCUAAAGCGUUGGAUGAUUUUCUUCGCAAAUUGGCUGACCUAUGCAAAUGCGGCUGGCGACUGGGUCUUUUAUGCUGCCAUGAACAGAGAGCUGAGGAACUUGAUCAGGUAAAUUUUGGGGUUUCUUUUCUGACCUGUUCUUGAAUCGGACGCCAUGGUUUUCUGACUUUGAAAUUUUGUUUCUGGAAAAAUAGGAAGUUUUGCGGUCUCACAUUCUUGGAGAGGUUUUUUCAGAUUCGCGACUGAGCGAAGAAAACGGUCGACGAUGUCGCACGCGGCAUCGCCGUCGACCAACCGAAGCCUCCGAAAUCCGCUGGCGCCGUCGACCAAGGUGCUGCAUUCGAUCUCCUACCGCAGCAGCAUGGGAGGCUCGAUGGACGAGGCGGCCUGCGCCUCGUUCCUCCAGGCGUCGCCCAAGUCGUCGACCGUCAGCCAAGAGACCAACAGCCCCUACGGCGUCCGCUCUAAACUCAGCCUCCUCGCGAGACAAUCGACAGAUGGGGACGUCGUCUAG